CAUCCUCCUUCCUUUUUUCAGUGAAACGAUGGCUGCCCAAAUCUCCAAGAAGAGAAAGGUUGUCGCCGAUGGUGUCUUCUACGCCGAGUUGAAUGAAUACUUCACUCGUGAACUCGCUGAGGAUGGUUAUGCUGGUGUUGAGGUCCGUGUCACCCCCGCCCGCACUGAGAUCAUCAUCCGUGCCACACACACCCAGAACGUUCUUGGUGAGAAGGGUCGUCGCAUCCGUGAAUUGACCUUCCUCGUCCAGAAGCGUUUCAAGUUCGCCGAGAACGCUGUUGAGCUCUACGCCGAGCGUGUCCAGAACCGUGGUCUCUGCGCCAUUGCCCAGUGCGAGUCUGUCAAGUACAAGCUCCUCAACGGUCUUGCUGUCCGUCGUGCAUGCUACGGUGUCGUCCGCUUCGUUAUGGAGUCUGGCGCCAAGGGUUGCGAGGUUGUUGUGUCCGGUAAGCUCCGUGCUGCCCGCGCCAAGGCCAUGAAGUUCAGCGAUGGUUUCAUGAUCCACUCCGGCCAGCCCGCUCGUGAUUUCAUCACCACUGCUGUUCGCCACGUUAUGUUGCGUCAGGGUGUCCUCGGUAUCAAGGUCAAGAUCAUGCUUGACAGUGAUCCUACCGGCCGCAAUGGACCCAAGAACACUCUUCCCGAUAUUGUCACUAUCCUUGAACCCAAGGAGGAGACCGAUGUUGAGGAGCCCAUUGUCCAGGACUUCACUCCUGCUCCUGUCCCCGCUGCCCCCGCUGCUGUUGAGGCAUAAAUUCAACAUUCAAAAAAGAAACCUAUUUUAAGCCUGUUGGCAGUUAUAAAGUCUUUUUUUGUCAUCUUAUC